AUGGAUGCCGAUGCCAACGAAGAAUUCACCCGGGAGCUGGAGAGAAUGGUGGAGGAUCAUCGGGAGAAUAUCCCUACGCUUGCUAGGGGUGAGAGCAGUGCGCCCCGCAAAGGCGUAGGAUGGGCGCCCCGCAAAGGCGUAGGAUGCGCGCUCUUGUCAUCAUCUCAGUGCGCGCGCCUUGCUGACUUGUCCAUCACCACCUGCCCUUCACACCCCACCUCCCCGCCGCAGGCUUCUUGGAGAGCAAGCGGUACAUGUCUGCCUCUGCCAUUUCCGCAUUCCUGGAUGGCGCGAUUCACAGUCGAAUAGGCGAGUCGAGUGGAAAAGAGUCCGUCGUGCUCCAUCCUACCUCGUACCUCGCGCCUGGUGCUGACGUUCGCUCAUCUUUCUCGCUUCGCUGGCGACCUCGCACCUCACCGCGCUGCGAGAGACAGGCAUUCGUCUGAUCGCCGAACAACACCUCGCACUGACCUCUUCGCACACGCAGGGAGCUGCGAGCGCUACAUCCGUAGGCAUCAUCGACACUUCGCUCAACGCUGCCGAUCUCAUCCGAGGCUGUGCGGAGUUCGUGCACGCGCUUUGCGAGACGAGUCUUGGAUGCGCGCCAGAACUCAAGUUGGAGGGCGAUUUGGGCAGCACUUUUUGCGGCGUUGCUAGUCAUCUGGUGAGUGAGAGCAAGAGGUCGCAUCUUGGCUGCGUCGCGCGCCCCCUUUGCGCCCUUCUCCCCCUUUGCUUCCUGCUGACCACGCACAGAGAUCGCUCACUCCAACAGACGUACACGAUGACUGAGCUGCUCAAGAAUUCCUACAGAGCUACGGCGGAGAGGUACAUCCGAAGAGGCGGAGAAGCGGCACUGGGUCCCAUGCCCAGCGUCAAGAUUACCGUCGCUCGAAGUCGCAAGCACCUGACCAUGCGCAUCAGGGAUGAAGGCGGCGGUGUUCCUCCCGGUGCGUAUUUCCUGCUCCAUCUCCUUUUCACACCUCCGCUCACACACGCGCACAUUCCCCCCCCAUGCCCGUCUCCAGCGCACUUUUCCAAGAUUUUCGAAUACACCUUUACGACUGCCUCUUCGCCUUCGGAAGAGGAGGUGGAAAUAUCCGCAAUGGCAGGCGGUGGGAUGGCGCACCCUUCGGAGCUGCAAAAUACCAGCGCGGUGGGUGUGGACGUGCUGAGCCAGAUGGGCGCAGCGGGAGCGGGCGUAGGAGGAGGGAUGGGCACGCUGGCGGGUUUGGGCUACGGCUUGCCCAUGAGUCGGUGAGUGUGCCUGCCUGCCCCUGCCCCUGCCCCUGCUGUCUUUCUUGCGGCACCCGAAUCUGUGCUGCUGCUGCGAAGCUUGAUCUCGCACGAGGCUAACGGCAUCGCGCAACGCUCACCAGCAUUUAUGCCCAGCAUGGAAGAGGUAGCUUGGACCUCGUCAGCAUGUACGGGUAUGGAUGCGACACGUUUAUGAAGAUCAGAGCUAAUCCUCUGGACGAGAGGUGA